GGCGCAGACCCGACCGAAAGUGUGCCUUGGCAGUAGAGCGGUAGACAGGAUGCGGCUGGGCCGCAGGGCCCUUUGCGCGCUGGUCCUGCUGCUCGCCUGCGCCUCGCUUGGCCUCCUAUACGCAAACACCCGGGACGCGCCGGGCCUCCCAGCUCACUCUGCGCUGUGGGCGCCCCCGCAGGGCCUCCCCAAGCCCCAAUUGCCAGAUUUUGCUCCAGAUCCCCACUACGCACACAUCCCGGUCAGGAUCAAGGAGCAAGUGGUGGGGCUGCUGACUCAGAACAACUGCAGUUGUGAACCCAGUGGGAGGAGCGUUUCUUUUCCCUUCCAGAGGCAGAUCCGAGCCACUGACCUCACCAAAGCCUUUGACCCUCAAGAACUGAGGGCUGCCUCUGCCGCUAGGGAGCAAGAGUUUCAGGCCUUCCUUUCAAGGAGCCAGUCCCCAGCUGAUCAGCUACUUAUAGCCCCUGCCAAUUCCCCCCUACAGUACCCACUACAGGGUGUGGAGGUACAGCCCCUCAGGAGCAUCUUGGUGCCAGGGCUAAGCCUACAGGCAGCUUCCAGUCAGGAGCUAUAUCAGGUGAACCUGACUGCCUCCCUAGGCACCUGGGAUGUGGCAGGGGAAGUGACAGGAGUGAUUCUUACUGGAGAGGGUCAGGCGGAUCUCACACUUGCCAGCCCAGGGCUGGACCAGCUCAACAGGCAGUUGCAGCUGGUCACUUACAGCAGCCGAAACUACCAGACCAACACAGCAGACACAGUUCGCUUCUCCACUGAGGGACACGAGGCUGCAUUCACCAUUCGCAUCAGACACCCCCCCAACCCUCGGCUAUACCCGUCUGGGAUUCUACCCCAGGGAGCUCAGUACAACAUCAGUGCUCUGGUCACCAUCGCCACCAAGACCUUUCUUCGUUAUGACCGGCUACGGACUCUCAUCGCCAGCAUACGCCGCUUCUACCCAACGGUCACCGUGAUCAUCGCUGAUGACAGCGAGAAGCCAGAGCAAAUCAGCGGCCCAUACGUUGAGCAUUAUCUCAUGCCCUUUGGCAAGGGCUGGUUCGCGGGCAGAAACUUGGCCGUGUCACAAGUGACCACCAAGUAUGUGCUAUGGGUGGACGACGACUUUGUAUUUACCGCGCGGACACGGCUAGAGAGACUCGUGGAUGUACUGGAGAGGACGCCCCUGGACCUGGUGGGGGGCGCAGUGCGUGAGAUCUCAGGCUUUGCCACCACCUACCGGCAGCUGCUGAGUGUGGAGCCCGGUGCACCAGGACUUGGGAAUUGUCUCCGACAGAGGCGUGGCUUCCACCACGAGCUCGUUGGCUUCCCUGGCUGUGUGGUCACAGAUGGCGUCGUCAACUUCUUCUUAGCCCGAACGGAUAAAGUGCGGGAAGUUGGCUUCGACCCACGCCUCAGCCGCGUAGCCCAUUUGGAAUUCUUCCUGGAUGGGCUUGGUACCCUUCGAGUGGGAUCCUGCUCAGAUGUUGUUGUGGAUCACGCAUCCAAAUUGAAGCUUCCUUGGGUGUCAAGGGAUGCCAGGGCAGACAUUUACGCCCAGUACCGUUACCCAGGAUCACAGGAUGAAAGUCAGGUGGCCAAACACCGCCUGCUUUUCCUCAAACACCGGCUGCAGUGCAUGACCGUAGAGUGA